GCGAGAAAGACGACCGGCGUCUUGUUUUGAAUUUGAAAAAGGACGCGCGAGACUUCAAUUUUUCUUGAGUGCGAAUUAGCGUGCAAGAAGAAAUUCGUUUGUGCCAAAAAACUUUUUUUUGACGAUUGUGUGAUGGAUUUUUAAUUUUUGUUGGAGCGUUCAGUAAAUGGCUGGGAACCCCUCGUUAGUCGACGCCCAUGUUCGACCCCCCAGUCCCCCCUUGAUUCCGCAACGGCGACCUCCACCCUUUCUAACCCCUCAUCCACUGUCUACGGCUAGUUUUUCUACCAUCACCAUCAACGUACGAUUUAAAAUACCAACAAAUCUUUUAGCAUAAAAAAAAAAUUGUUUUAUUGUUUGUUAUUUAUUUCUUGAUUUUUUUUUUUGGUACACUUUGAAAGACUUCUACCUCUCGCAUUUUGUAUUACGUAUGGAAUAAUAGUUUUUUAAAUUUUUACGAGUUUUUUACUUGUUUUCUAGCGCGUGUACACACCUUAAGUGGCCUUAAAAUCCCUUUUACCUGAAUAGAUUUUAGUCUUAUUUGUAAAUUUUAGAGAAAUAUUUAUUGUCUCUUGUUAAAAGUGCCUUUAUACAUUUUCUUUUAGAGUGAAUUAGAACGGGCUGGUACCGUUACUUAACAUAAUUAGUUUUAAAUUGCAAGUAAAACAUAUAUUUUCUAAUACGCGUAAAAUACCGUUUUUCCUUACCUCCUUAACCUGUCAUCUUCUUCAACUUCCUUGCGAACGUGUGAUAAAAAAUGGGCGGUCGACGUUCCUUCAGAGCCUCAAAAAGAUCUCAAAUAAUUGAUAAUCAGAGAAGAAUCCACGCCAAUGAUAGAGCAUUUAAUUCCCAAUUUAGAUACGCUAGUAACUACAUUAAAACUUCAAAGUACUCGGUCCUGACCUUUUUGCCACUGAACCUGUUCGAACAGUUCCAGCGGCUAGCCAACUUCUACUUCUUGUGCCUUUUGGUGUUGCAACUGAUACCGGCCAUCAGCAGUUUGACACCUGUCACUACAGCCCUACCACUAAUCGGAGUGCUAGGGCUUACGGCUAUCAAAGAUGCCUAUGACGAUAUUCAACGUCACAUUUCUGAUUCUCACGUUAACAAUCGAAAAUCGCGGGUGGUACGUAACGGUAAACUAGUCCAAGAAAAAUGGUCAGCUGUCCAAGUUGGAGACAUCAUCCGUAUGGACAAUAAUACGUUUGUUGCUGCUGAUUUGCUGCUGCUCACCUCCAGCGAGCCAAAUGGUUUGUGUUAUAUUGAAACUUCGGAACUAGAUGGGGAAACCAAUUUGAAAUGUCGUCAAUGUUUGGUUGAAACAGCAGAAAUGGGCCAAGAUGACGCGUUGAUUAGCGAAUUCGAUGGGGAAAUCGUUUGCGAACAGCCAAAUAAUCUUUUGAAUAAAUUCGAUGGUGUAUUGAUAUGGAAAGGCAGAACUUUUGCGCUGGAUAAUGAUAAAAUAAUUUUACGAGGUUGUGUAUUGAGAAACACCGCCUGGUGUUACGGAGUGGUAAUCUUUGCAGGCAAAGACACCAAACUGAUGCAAAACAGCGGAAAAAGUAAAUUUAAGAGAACUAGUAUCGACCGUUUGCUUAAUUUUUUAAUUAUAGGGAUAGUAUUUUUUCUAUUAUCGAUGUGCCUUUUUUGCAUGGUGGCCUGCGGUAUAUGGGAAUCGUUGGUCGGCCGCUAUUUCCAAACGUUCCUGCCCUGGGAUACGCUGGUUCCCUCGGAACCGUUAGGCGGAGCUACAAUAAUAGCUCUUCUAGUAUUUUUUUCAUAUGCCAUUGUACUAAACACAGUGGUACCGAUCUCACUGUACGUUUCGGUGGAAGUGAUACGUUUUGUACAAAGUUUCCUCAUAAACUGGGAUGAAGAAAUGUACUAUAAAAAGUACAAUACGUAUGCUAAAGCUCGAACUACUACACUUAACGAAGAACUAGGUCAAAUCGAGUACAUAUUCUCAGACAAAACCGGUACCCUGACGCAAAACAUCAUGACAUUCAACAAGUGCUCGAUAGGCGGCAUUUCCUAUGGAGACGUGAUAGAUCCGCGUUCUGGCGACAUUAUCGAAAUCACCGAUGACACUGAACCGUUAGAUUUUUCUUUCAAUACCAACUACGAGCCCGAAUUUAAGUUUUACGACAGAAAUCUAAUGGAGGCUGUGAGCAGGCGCGAGAAGGAGACGUAUGUGUUUUUUCGGUUGUUGGCGCUCUGUCAUACCGUGAUGUCUGAUCAAAGUGAUGGUAAAUUGGAGUAUCAAGCCCAAUCUCCAGACGAAGCCGCUCUAGUAUCGGCGGCAAGAAAUUUCGGAUUUGUAUUUAAAGAGCGAACGCCAAACAGUAUUACUAUAGAGGUUAUGGGCACUAAAGAAGUUUACGAGCUACUAUGUAUAUUGGAUUUUAACAAUAUCCGUAAACGAAUGUCGGUCAUUUUGAGAAAAGAUGGCAAAUUGACUUUGUAUUGUAAAGGAGCAGAUAAUGUGAUAUACGAGAGGCUAAAAUCCGGCCAAGAUCAAGUUAAGGCUAAAACACAAGAUCAUCUUAAUAAAUUUGCUGGUGAAGGUUUAAGAACAUUAUGUCUGGCCUAUUGCGAUUUAGAAGAGAAUUUCUUCAACGACUGGAAACAGAGACACCAAGAAGCGGCCAUAGCUCUAGAGGGGAGAGAUGAGAAACUAGACUCGAUUUACGAAGAAAUAGAACGAGACAUGCUCCUCAUCGGAGUCACUGCUAUAGAGGAUAAGUUACAAGACGGCGUUCCUAGUACUAUUGCCAAUUUAAUUUUGGCCGGAAUAAAAAUUUGGGUACUUACCGGAGACAAACAAGAGACUGCAAUAAAUAUUGGUUACUCCUGCCAACUUCUUACUGAUGAUCUAGUAGACGUCUUCAUCGUGGACGCCUCCGGCUAUGACGAAGUCCAACAGCAACUUCUCAAAUUUCGUGACAAUAUUAAAAUCGUCAACACUUACCAGCCUCAUUCUGCGCCUUCUACAGUGGACGGCGAUUUGGACGCCAUAGUCAAGGCUGAAAAUGGGGUUGCUGGAACCAAUGGAAAUACCAGAAUUGGACAAAGUUCUGGUGGGUCUGGCGGGCCUCCAGCUGUUAGCGUGGUGACGUUCAGGUGGGCUGGAAUGACGGAAAACAAGUGCAAGAGAGCAAGUACCGAACUGGAAUACUUGGGAGGCAUCGAAGACCCGCACGUAGAAGAAACCACAGCCGGAUUUGCUAUAGUCGUAAACGGGCACUCUCUAGUUCACUGUCUCCAUCCGCAGAUGGAGCGGCUGUUCCUCGAAGUAGUGAUGCAAUGCAAAGCUGUCAUUUGUUGUCGAGUGACUCCUUUACAGAAAGCUUUAGUUGUAGAAUUGGUCAAGAAAAGUAAGCACGCUGUUACGUUGGCUAUCGGGGACGGAGCCAAUGAUGUUUCUAUGAUAAAAGCCGCCCAUAUAGGUGUAGGUAUCUCAGGCCAAGAAGGUAUGCAAGCAGUCCUAGCAUCCGACUACUCCAUAGCGCAAUUCUGCUUCUUGGAACGGUUACUGUUGGUCCACGGUCGAUGGUCCUACUAUAGAAUGUGCAGUUUUCUGCGCUACUUUUUCAACAAGAAUUUUGCAUUUACGCUGUGCCACUUUUGGUACGCGUUUUUUUGCGGAUUUAGCGCUCAAACGAUAUUCGAUCCAAUGUACAUAUCGAUCUACAAUUUAUUCUACACGUCGUUACCAGUAUUAGCGGUGGGAAUUUUCGAUCAGGACGUCAACGAUAAAAAUUCUAUAAUCUAUCCGCAACUCUACAGACCGGGCCAUUUGAAUAAAUUCUUUAAUAAAAAAGAGUUUUUUCGAAGUGCCCUCCAAGGCUGCUAUGUGUCAAUUGUAUUAUUUUUCAUUGCAUUUGGUACUUAUUAUGAUGCUGUAGCAUCCAAUGGGCAUAAUCUUUCUGACUACAUGCUAUUCUGCAGCAUAAUGGCAGCCAUUUUAGUUAUUGUAAAUACUGCCCAGAUUGCAAUGGACACUCAAUAUUGGACAUUCGUCAACCACACAAUGAUAUGGGGCUCGCUAGCGUUUUAUUUUAUCGCUGACAAUUUUUACAAUUACGUGUGUAAAGGCCCUUAUGUUGGAUCUCUGACUAAAGCAAUGGCUGGAGCUAAUUUUUGGUUCACCACUGCCCUAGUGGUCAUUAUGUGCGUCUUGCCAGUACUCGCCUAUAGAUUUUAUUUUGUUGAUGUGUUUCCUACAUUAUCCGAUAGAGUGCGGAUGAAACAACGACUAGCCCAGGUUCGUUCACGUCAAAGUCAAGACGUUCUCCGGACUCCGUCAGCUCGCAGAGCCAGACGUUCUAUUCGUUCCGGUUAUGCUUUCGCCCAUCAAGAAGGUUUCGGAAGGCUGAUAACGUCUGGAAAAAUUAUGCGUAAACUGCCCAACUCGGAAUUUACGAUUCCCAACAUUAUUAAUAAAUUGAAUAUUUCAAACUCGCUGAAAGACUCGUCGAAUAAGAAUAAUAAUCCGCCGAAUACGGCCGAGAGUGGCGGUAGUAGCAGCAGCGGCGCUAGGGCGCCCAUACAAGACUUGGACACGAUUAAUUUGUGAUAGUAGUGGAAAUUUUUUAUUUUUAUUCAAGCAAGAAAAAUCAUGACAGUAUUUUUUUUUUUAAAUUGUUUUAAGUUGUUAACUAUGGGGCAUGUUUUAUUUGUCAACAGUUAUUGUUAUAAAUCAAAAAUUAUGAAUGAAUCAUGUCCUUACUGUGAUUAAGUUUUAAAAUUUAUUAUUAUCAUGAACCUGACAAAAGAAUUGAAUUUUGGAAUUUACUAGUUUUGUAUAUACAUAACUGAUUAAUUCUGCCUAGUAAAUCCACUAUAGCACACAUGGCAAUCGCCAUCUGGAUUCUAGUAGACUUACUUGUUGCCACAUUAUAGACAAAUAAGAACUCGUUGACUGUUGUUACUGAAAAAGUAUUUUUUUUUUUUGUUAAAUUCUUGCUCCCAGCAGGAAGUAAAACUCUAAACCAUCUAAGGAAAAUCUUGUUUUUAUUUGCAACCAAAAACAAAACGACUAGAAAAUUUUGUUUGUUGAUUGUUUCUAGAAAUAAGUGUACAAGUAAAAGUAGGAUCUAAUUAAAUUUUGAACAUUUAAUUAUGGUUCGGGAUUGUGUUGUGGUAAGGAAAAUAAUGUUUUACGUUGUCGAGUACACUACACUUAAUUGAUAAGCUUUACUAGUCAAAACAAAGUAUGUUUAAAUGUUAAGAUAUUUCUUAUUAUGUAUUAUUAUUAUGAAGUUAUAUUUAAAAAAAGUAUUGCUUUUUGUUUUUUUAUGAAUAAAUUUAUUUUUUCUGUAAAAAUGUUUUUUUAUUUUAAUUUUGAAGAACUUGUAAUCCAGGGAAGGGAUAAAGUGAAAUGCGGAAAUUAAAAAUAGAAUUUAUUAGCAAUUUAAAUUACAUUUAUGUCUAUUAUAACAAAUAGCUACCACGUCAAGUCUUUUUUUUUUAAAGUGUAUGAUACAAAGAUAAUGUGCCAAAUAUGUAUGGUCAAAUUAAGUAUUUUUCAUUCAAUUAAAAAAUUCUUCAAAAAUCAAACACAAUUUAAUUUAAUUCUCAUAGCCACAUAAGUGCCGCUUAAAAAAAAACAUCUAAAACUAUGCAUCUAAGAAAAUUUAAUAUCUAAAAGUUAACAAUAUCAGAUAAGUCACUUCAGUCAGUUCUUGUUAAUUGUCCAAUAUUGUUUGUAGAAAGAUAAAUCUAAACCAACAAACAUCACUAUUUACAGGCUAGUAUUUUCCACACAGUUGGGUAACAGUACUUCAUAAAACUGGAGCUCUGCAAUUUGGGCAAACCUUUUUUUCACUGUUGAGCCAAAGGUUGAUGCAACCCUUGUGAAAUUCGUGGCCGCACUCCAAAAAUCUGCCCUCGGUGAAGACUUCUGUCAAACAGAUGCUGCACAUUUCUCCUGGUUGUGGACGUACCCUUCUUCUAUAC